GCGCUUGGUCAUAUUACAGUACGACAGUACUACUACCAACGCCUCCUCAAGUUGUGCUACAUACAGUCAAUACGGUGGUGUUCUCUGACUCUGGCUUGGGAACGAAAGGUGUGCGUACUACUCGACAGAUAUGUGUGCGAGCUGCUCUUCAUGGUGCUCUGGAAGGACGUCCCGGUUCGUGGCAAACGGGCAUACCAACGCUUUCGUUGCAGAUGACUAGCGGAAAAAAUUGUGCUCAACAGGAGUAAGCGAUGGGAACGUAUCUGGUCAAGGGAAGCUUCGUAGUAUGCAUUGCUGCUGCGUUGACUCAUUACUACGGCCACUUGGAGACGGCAGGAGUGGCACUCAUGUACGUCGGCAUGGUGUCGCUCGGCGUGGUCCUAGGCUGCCGAAGUGUGCUUUGUGCCGACGACCAGUAUCCCGUUGUGUUAAGAGAACACGAGGGAAACCAUUUGUUGAAGCAGGUGCUACAGGAAAAAAUGAAGGAAUACAGCCGCAGUGCGGAUGGCUCCGAGAAGAGCAAGCACGUCGUCUUCUCUCGUACCGUGGACGCGAGGAUAAACGACAUGCUCGAUCUCGUCUUCAGAGAUUUCAUACUUCCCUGGUACAGGCACCUGGUGCCUGACCACCGUUGCUUCUGCAUGCUUCUCAGGGGGGAAGUGUGGCGCGUUCUUCGGAACCUCAAGGAUCGUUGCCACAGGAUUGACGAUGUCAAGCUGCUGACCGACCAGAUGGUUCGCAAGGUUCAGAAGCACUUUCAUGCUGCUCGAAUGGCUACUGGGGGGAAUGGGGAUAGGCGGCCGUUCCCGCUCAGCCCCUUCUUGGAAAGUGGCCAGCUCGAACUGGACCAUCUGCGACAGGUGGCCGACUUUGUGCUAGCUUUGCUGCUGCCAUCUGAGUAUGCCCUCUGCAUUUCUGUGCGCCAUCUGCUGCGUGAAAUCCUGGCCUGCUUGGUUUUCCAGCCAACGGUCGACCUGAUCACUGAUCCUGACUACAUCAACCAGAAGCUGAUUGCCUACCUUCAGUGGCUGCAAGCAGAGAAUGAGAAGCACAGUCGAACGUACGCUUAUGCCGAGACGUGGGAGGACUUUAUUUUUGUCAUCGAUACCUGCACUGACAUCCAGGACUUGAAACGUAUGCGAUUCAACAUCGUCUCGGAAAUUAUGCAAGCUACCACUGCUAACAACCUGAAGAAAGCACGUGGCAUCAGUGAAGAUAAGCAGUAUGAAGCACCAAGUACAGCCAAAGGGGACCUGCUGCAAUCGAGGAAUCUCUCCAAAUACAUCAAACAGCUGACGUAUGCUAAGGCACGGUGUGAAAAACAACUCAAGCUAGUCGGUGGCUUGGAAUAUUAUUCACCUUCUGAAGAGCAAGAAAGUCUUCCAGGACGCAAGGUGUUUGCAUUUUCGGUUCUCAUGGAGUCGCCCGUAUGUCGAGAGUACCUAGCCCGAUUCUUGCAAGGCGAAGAGGUGGGCAAGUCGCUGCUCUCGUUUUGGCAAGACAUAGAGAACAUGAAACUCUCCAGCAAAGACGAAUGGCAUCAGCUGGGCAACGAGAUUUACCAGACGUACAUCAAGCGUCCACGUCCAGGGAUACGGCUCUCAAAAGGUGUCCUCAAGGGCAUAGAGGCUUUCAUUAUGGCCAACAAGGGUCCUGAAGCAUUCCUGCAAGCUCAGAAGGAAGUGUAUCAGGCACUCGAAGAGCGGUAUUACCACUCGUUUCUGGUGAGCGAAGCUUACCAUAGCAUGGUGAUCGAGAUGCAGCACCUCCACCUGGACGUUGGCACCUGCAGAGAGGAUGAACAGAGCUGCUCAAGCGGCAGCCAGCAGGAAGAGUGUGUGCCACAGGAAUCAGCUGAGCCCACAGUGGAGGAGUGCUGGGCACAGAGGAAGAGCCAGCUGACACGGCUCGAGUCUCGGCUCGGUGAUAAACGUAGGGCUCUACAGGCACUGCAGGCCACGCCCAAUUCAGACCCCAAGAUGGUGAGAGUUCUGGAGAAAGAGAUGCAAGAAAUGCGUGCCAAGUGUGACCUGCUUACCGACCAACUGCAACGAGCAUAUGACUGGAUACAGGGCUUGGGAAAGUGGAUUGUCACCAUAAACGGCUCUCAG